AUGACUACGGAGCUCGCGGCCGCGAUUCUGGCCCGCCGGAAGUUGAGACUUGAUAGUAUUUGGUCCAACUCGGAGCCUAAUGCACGGUACCGCGCUAUCUUCGUAUGGUCCGACCGGGACGAGUAUGAAUUGCAGCCACCCGUAACUUGGGCUUUUACCUCGGCAAGGAAGGCCGCUGCUGGUUCACAGGCGCUUGACCCUAACGACAUCGACCGCUACGUCUUUCUCACAGUCGAUGCGGAGUGUCUACAAGGGGACGGCGCGCCUCAACUUCGCGUACGCGAGUGGCUUCUGGGCAUGUGUUUCUUCGAUGGCAAUCCGCGUACUGAGGUGGUCUUUCCAUGGCCACGAGUGCUGUGGGAACUCAGACCGUAG